AUGGUCACCGUCUCGGUCGCCGUGAACCCGUUGCAGCUCGCCGGUGACCCGUUGCAGCAUUCGCCCCUGGCCCUCCAUCCAAGAAUCUGGGAUUCCGGAAGGUUCAGCAAUGGCUACAAUGUGGCCGACUUCAUUGCCAAGAAUCUGGGGUUCGAGAGGAGCCCUCCGGCUUAUCUGUCGCUAAAAGCUCAUCGUCGUCUGAUCGACACUGCUCUGCUUAGAGGCGUAAGCUAUGCUUCUGCAGGAGCUGGGAUUCUCGAUUCAACGGUAAGUACUAGUGUAGUAAAGUUGAGCCAGAUCGAGAGAUGGUUAGAUGGAGCGCGGAUACGGCGAGGCGCCUUCACGGACGGUGUGAGAGGGAGGAAGAGAGAGGACGAGAAGCUUCGAGAAAGAUUAGAUGGAGCGCGGAUACCGCGAAGCGUUUUCACGAGCGGUGCGAGAGAGGGUGGGAGAGGACGAGAAGCUCUCUACGGCAGCCUAAUCUCCAACUACUCCGCCACCAUCACGGAUCUGUACAUGAUGGGCGCGAGGAAGAUCGCCAUCAUCAACGUGGGCCUGUCCGGAUGUCUGCCAAUGGUCCGCGCCCACGACGCAAGGGGCGCAUGCAACGACGGCGUAAACGAGCUCGCGGCCGGAUUCAAUGGCGCCCUCAAGUUCUUCCUCGCCGACCUAGCGCCCAGGCUGCCGGGCCUCGCCUACUCACUCGCCGACGGCUUCGCCCACAGACAAGCCCUCAUCGCUAACCCGCAGGCUGCCGGCUUCGUGAACGCGACCAGCGCGUGCUGUGGGAGCGGGAGGCUCGGUGGGGAGGGCGGUUGCCUGCCCACGUCGAACAUCUGCGGCGACAGUGAUGGCUACGUCUACUGGGACUGGGACAAGGUCGAUGUUGCCACAGCGAAUAGGGGCCACAAGGUUUUUGGCAUAGUUGAUGACCAGGCCAGUAACCUCCUCAAAGGAGCUCAAAGUCGAAGCAAAGUAGGAUCAUCCUUGAUCGGCGCCACAAAGAUGGCAGCAUCAUCUGCAUACAAGGAUGCACAGAUGGGCCGACCACAAAGAGGAUGCAACAAGCCUUGACCUUGACAACAUUCUACCGGCCUUCACGGCAGUCCGUACUACUUUUUCCAUGCGAUAUCAUGGUCUUCUAUUGUCGGUCACAAAACUAAAGCGCAUCCAUUUUCAGUAUUUGGAGGACAAGGUGGCAGGCAAGCUUCCGCCUUGGUCGUCGAUGCAUGUGGCUACGCUGGGGCGCAUUAUUUUGAUCAAGGCCGUGCUCACUACCAUUGCCAUUUACCACCUCACGCUUCUAGAUCUUCCGGUUUUGAAGCGAGAGGUACCUGAAGCGCAAGUACCUGAUGUUGCUUGGCAUCCUCGAGGCCAGCGUGAUGUACCAGGCGGGUCUCGCGCGUCCCGGAGGCAUGUGGGGUGACGACGAUACCCCGUGGCCGUCCCCAUCGGCACACCCGCCCACCGUAGCUGGCAACCCGAUCCUGCUUGACUUCAACGCUGCACGGUACCAAGCAUUCUUCUACUGCAACGCGACUUCCUUUGUGGCCUCUAUCGCCGUCAUCCUGCUGCUGCUGCAGCGCACCUUGAAGAAGCAGCAGCCCGGCGCGCCGCUGCGGACGUUGCAGACCGCCGUGGUGCUGGACCUGCUCGGGCUGCUUGGCGCGUACGCCGCCGGCAGCUGCAGGGACUGGGAGACGUCUGGCUACGUCAUCGCGCUCGUAGCCGUCGUGGUCGUCUUCAUUGCGCUGCACGGGCUGUUGUCGUUCGACAUCGUGUUUAACAAGGCCAGGAAGCUCCUGCCGAAGAAGUACUUUGGAGGUGGCAACGAUGUUGAGGCCCAGCCCGGGAAUCCCGAUCAGACCAGCCGCCAUGGACAAUGCCUAGUUUAUGUUUUCUUUGCUUGUUUGCGUUCUUUUGAUUCCAAAUGCGUGCGCCACACAUUCCAUUUGAUGUGUCUUGUAUGUGGAGUAAUGAACAAGUAUUUGUAAAUUUUCAUUAACUCAAUCCAAUUCAAUUGUUCAUUUC